CUUACAGCACGGAUCUAUUCACGCCAUGGCGUCCUUUCAAAGCGACUUUGAAAACUACAGCAGUGAUGAGGAGGAGGCCCUUUGGCAACCUAGACUGCCCCCAAUCCAAGAAGAGCCGGAAGAUGAGUCAAGCUCUCUGGAGUGGGACAGUGAUGACGAUUUUGAGGAGAUGGAGAGGAGGUGCAAUGAGCUAGAAGAUGGGGCGGUAGCUCAGGAGGUGAAAGAGGAGGGAGAGAAGAAGGAAGGAGAGAAAGAGGAAGGAGAGAAAGAGGAGGGAGAGAUGGAAGGAUUGAAGACAGAAGGAGAGGAAGAGGAGGGAGAGAAAGAGAAGAAGGAGGAGGGACAGAGAGAAGAGAGUCAGGAGAGGGAAAACCCUGGAGACACUUGGUCAUUCCCACGCCUGACAUCAUACGUAAUAAGCUCAAGUUCUUCUGAUGAAGAGGAAUGUGAUGCAAAAGAGUUGAAGAAGCAACUAACCUUGGCACAAGAUGAAAUCCAAGUGAAGACCUUGCAUAUCAACAUUCAUGUGCGAGAGAUCGAACGACUGGAGAAGUUGAACUCUGAGCUGACCGCUAAAAACAACAAGCUUGAUCGCGCACAGUCGUCACCAGGCAAAAGGCAGCAGUUCGAAAUGAUGAAUACUGCACUGAGGCAUGAAGUACAAGAGCUCAAGGCAAAGCUUGAACGCUCCAUUGACGAAAGUGACGACAUAAUCCUGCAGUUGGAAGAUAAACUGGCGGGUGCAAGUACCAGGUGCAAGAACAUGUGGUCCCUCUUCCGACAAGCAAGCAGCGAACUGGAAGAGAUGAAGAAGGCAGCAGAAGAGUUUAAGAUGACACAGAGGUGUCUCGAGGCCGACAUCCGAUACGAAGAAGAGAAAAAUGGAAAACUGAAAAGGGAGCUGGAAGAAACAAAGAAAGCAUCUGAGGAAUUCCCAGCAAUGAAAGAGUCACUUGAGGCUGCAGUUGAACACGAACGAGGUGAAAACGCAAAACUGAAAAGGGAACUGGAAAAGGCAGAGAACGCAGCAGAGGACUUUGAAAAGAUUAAGGAGUCUCUUCAGGCUGACGUUCUACGCGAACAAGCCGAAAAUGCAAAACUGAAAAAGGAGCUGGAAGAGACAAAGAGUGCAUCAGAAGGAUUCGCAAAAGUACAGGAAUCUCUUCAAGCCACAGUAGAACAUGAACAAAAGGAAACUGCAAGGCUGAAAAGGGAACUGGAAGAGACAAAGAAGGUGUCCGAAGGAUUUGCAAAAGUGAAGGAGUCUUUGCAAGCGACUGUUCAACAUGAACAAGAAGAAAAUGCAAGACUUAAAAGGGAACUGAAAGAGACAAAGAAUGCAGCAGAGAGGUUCGCAAAAGUAAAGCAGUCUCUCAAGGCUGAAGUUCAGCGUGAACAAGAAGAAAAUGCAAAGCUAAAAAGGUAUGUGUAG